UUUUUUCUUUCCAAUUUUUUUUUUUUUCUUUAUCACUUUCUUUCUCUUGCUAACUUUCUUGUUGCUUACUUGGACACAUGGAUUAUGGUAAAAAUAUACAAUAACAUUUCUUUUUCUUUAUUUUAAUUCUUUUUCUUUUUGGGUUUAUCAAGACUCCCAAUCGUCUUCAGUAGAUAGUGGUGAAAACAUGUCGUGGAUCAACUGGUUUUGUUCUACUAAAGGGAAUGAAUACUAUGUAGCAGUAGGCGAAGAUUUCAUUGAAGAUGGAUUCAAUCUGACCGGAUUAGCAGCUCAUGCACCUCUUUAUAAAGAAGCACUGGAAGUGAUUUUGGAUGUAGAACCUGAAGACGAUGAAAUGUCGACCAAGAUACCCGAUCUCAGUUUAUUGGAACCCCAUGCUAAAAUGCUUUAUGGUAUGAUUCAUCAGCGGUUUAUCACCACUCGUGCUGGACUCAAUCAAAUGCUUAUCAAAUAUCAAUCAGGAGAAUUUGGUUAUUGUCCACGAUUUCAUUGUGAUCGUACCAAAGUAUUACCUUGUGGCCAACAUGAUUUACCUCGCCAAAGUACUGUACGAUUAUAUUGCCCAAAUUGUAAAGAUAUAUAUAUCCCAACCAAUGCCAAACAUUCUGUUAUUGAUGGUGCUCAUUUUGGUACAACAUUUCCUCAUUUAUUUGUACAGACCUUUCCAGAUGUCAUUUCAGUUGUUGAACCCAAGAGAUAUACAGCAAAAUUGUUUGGUUUUCGUGUUAGUGAACGAUCAAAAGUAGGUCCAAGGAUGGGCUGGCUUCGGAUGACUCCACCUCGUUAAAAUGCAAACUGGAAGAUUGGAUUAUGCGAUUACAAUGAUGACAAUCUUGAUGAUCAAGAAAAAAAAAAAAAA